AUGGUUCGAGGGCUCGGGCAACAACACUACUACUGGUUCUACGCCUGGAUUCCUGUAUUUGGAGCGUUCAUAUGGGCUGGUACACUUCUCUCAAUGCUCAUAACAUGGCUCGCCACCGGUCGGCCAAAAUAUGUCACUCAGCAAGGCAGCAUUGCGUACAUUUCAGAUAUCGGGGCCAGUUACCUGAAGCCGCUCUUCAUCGUGUGCUGCUGCAUCACCGGAGUGUCAUUUUUCCUGACCCUGGUGAUCGAGCGAUGGUUGAGGCAUUCGGGCAGGCUGGUUCCAAACAUGCGCCGUCGUGAACGCGUGUUUGCUUCGCUUUCUGUGCUUGGAGCAUUCAUCGGCGGUGCUGGUCUCAUUUUGCUGUCCAUAUUUGACACUGGGCGAUAUCCGAGCCUCCACCGCGUGUUUCUGCUCGUAUUCAUCAUUGGUGUUGGACUAGCUGCCAUCUUCACGAUCAUCGAGUAUCGAUGGAUCAGCCAUGAUUUCGUAGAGAUCCGCAAACUAAAGAUAGCCUAUAUAGCCAAGGGAAUUAUUGCUGGAAUUCUUAUCAUCUGUGCCAUAAUAUUCGCCAUCACACUCUACACCGCGCCCAAUGUCGGAGCGGUGUUCGAAUGGGUCAUAGCGUUCGGAUACACGUUCUUCCUCCUCACGUUCUUCUACGAUCUGCGAAUGUCGCGCGGCGUGCAAAAAGGUGAACUCUCAGAGCAGCGUUUGCUUGCCAUGCGCCAAAGUGGUGAGAAUGGCGCUGUGAUGAGGGAGGUAGGCGGCGACACCAGGAGAACACGAAGAUUUGGUGCCGUAUGA